UUGCGUCUCUCGUCGGCAUUUUCUCGAGCUUGGCUAGGGUUUGCGGCGCGCGCGUCGUGUGCUCUUGGCGGCAAUCGAUUUGUUGUCGCGAUUCCUGGGAAGGAAAUCGCUGUAGCAUAGGAGGAGGAGCGGCAAAACGUCGUCAGCUGGAUCGAUCUCGCUUGGUCUUGUUGCGAUCGCACAGUGGCCGUCUUUCUCUAGGGUUUUGGAAUGGGAGGCGAGGAUAAUCUCGAUGCCGCGCCUGUCAUGCCGCCGAAUUUCGGCGCUGCGUCGAUCGAUGCGCACAAGGAGGGCCAGGAGAGGGAGAUCGGCAAGCACGGAUUGAAGAAGCUCCUUGUCAAGGCCGGGGAAGGAUGGGAGAGGCCGAGCACUGGGGACGAGGUCAAAGUUCACUACACUGGCAUGCUUCUCGAUGGAACCGAAUUUGAUUCCAGUAGAGAUCGAGGAGAGCCUUUCUCAUUCAAGCUUGGUGUUGGUCAAGUUAUCAAGGGAUGGGACCAUGGCAUUUCUACAAUGAGGAAAGGAGAGACUGCUACAUUUACAAUUCCGCCAGAGCUUGCCUACGGAGAAGCUGGCGCUGGCCCGUCGAUUCCCGGCAAUGCAACGCUCAAGUUCGAUGUGGAGCUGCUCUCGUGGGACAGCAUCAAGGAAAUUUGCAAGGACGGAGGCAUUUUAAAGAAGAUUGUGGCCGAGGGUCGCAACUGGGCGACUCCCAAGGAUGACGACGAAGUUCUGGUGAGAUUUGAGGCGAAGCUGGAAGAUGGAACUGUCGUGGCAACAACGCCACUGGCUGGAGUUGAAUUUCGCGUCACAGAUGGAUACCUUUGCCCCGCUAUCAGCAAGGCUGUGAGAACCAUGAAAAGGGAGGAGAAAGUUAUUCUCACGGUAAAGUCGCAAUAUGGAUUUGGAGAAGCUGGGAAGAAGGCACACGGUAAUGAAUGUGCUAUUCCGCCAAACGCGAGUUUGAUUAUCAGCUUAGAGCUUUUGUCGUGGAGAGUCGUAGACUAUAUCACGCCGGAUAGGAAGGUUGUGAAGAAAAUUCUCAAGCAGGGUGAGGGUUACGAAAUGCCUAACGAUGGAUCACUUGUUAAAGUCAAGUACGUGGGAAAGCUUGCAAAUGGGAGGGUGUUUGACGAGAGAGGCCUAGCUGGUGAACUGUUCGAAUUCAGAGUUGAUGAAGAACAAGUGAUAUCUGGAUUGGAUAAAGCUGUUUCUAAAAUGAAGAAGGGAGAGGUUUCCCUGAUUACCAUUGAUCCUGAGUAUGGCUAUGGUAAUUCUGUCACUCGUGGAAGUUUGAGCCUUAUACCUGCGAAUUCAACGCUUACCUACGAACUGGAGCUGGAUUCUUUCGUAAAGGAAAAGGAUCCAUGGGAUAUGGAUACAGGGGAAAAGCUGAAAGCUGCCGGUCAGAAGAAAGAAGACGGGAAUGCUCUUUUUAAAGCCGGUAAAUAUCAGCGCGCCUCAAGCAAGUAUGAAAAGGCCAUAAAGUACAUCCAGCACGAUAACUCCUUCAGUGAGGAGGAAAAAAAAGUCGUAAAGAAACUCAGGGCCAGCAGCAAUCUGAACAAUGCGGCGUGUAAGCUAAAGCUGAAGGAAUACCAGGAAGCAGCAAAACUAUGCACAACGGUUUUGCAAGUGGAGUCCCAGAAUGUGAAGGCUUUGUAUCGGAGAGCACAGGCUUACGUUGAAACUUUGGACUUGGAUCUGGCCGAGUGGGAUCUAAGGAAAGCGUUGGAGCUUGAUCCCAAUAACAGGGAGGUGAAGGUCGAGCUAACAAGGCUAAAACAAAAGGUUUGCGAGUACAACAAGAUACAGGCGAAGAUGUACGGAAACAUGUUUGCUCGUCUAAGCAAGAAGGUGGAAGAUAGAGGAACGGAGGUACAAGAGCCGGAGCGCAUGGUAACGGAGAAUUAGAGCCUGAUCCUUCGUGAUCCGCAAUUUUGAGGUUAGCUUGGUUGUUUUAACCGCCCUAGGUGCCCUCCAAGCGCAAAGAAGUUUUGUUUCUGAGAAGCCAAGGAAAUGAGUCGACAACCAUUGGUGGAAGUAGAGCUGUUUAUCGAUGGUAAAGGGCCGGAGCAUGUUUUCAAGGCCCCGCUUGGGGGCUGGGAUCAGAACCGGCUCGACUUGGAACAGAUCAUGAUCGACUACAAGCUGCGAGCAAUCUAUGCCUACUCGCUGAGUAGUGGGCGAGGCCAGCGGCUGCGCUACAAUCCCAGGAAUGGCCUCUCGAUGCUUCCUUACUCCGGCAAGAGCGAUAGCAUCAUUCGACUCGAUGGCGAUCCAAAGAGGUCGCGGCUGGUGCCAGUGAUAAAAAUUGGUGUUGGAAUCGGCUUCAUCGUCGCGAUGGUAACUUGCAUCUUUGUGGAUUUUAGUAGCGACUGGAUCCAGGCUCUACGCAACGCAAGCGCUGGGAGGAUGAUGCUGGUGGUUUGUUUCGUCACCAUGAUCAUCCUCCAGAUCUCGAGACAGGCCAGGUCUCACAAGAAGAGGCUCUAAGAUCUGGAAGUGAUAGACAAGUAAAAAGACAAGUGAGAAGUUUUACUCUUUUACGCAUCACUCCUCUUUUACGCAUCACUCUCUUCGUCUGGGAGGUAAGUCAAGCGAAAGAUGGGAUGGUUGACAGUUCGAACGCCCUGUAAAAGUGCUUCUUGAUGAGUAAAUAAAGUUCUCUUUUUU